GGAGGGGCAGAGAGCCUGGCUCCUCUCACAACUUAAAAGCACUUCCUCCCCAGACAGUGGGAGCUCGAGACCCGGCACAGCCUUCCUGUGUGGUUUCAGCUGCCCAGAGAGCGUCAUGGACCUGGGGAAACCAAUGAAAAGCCUGCUGGUGGUGGCUCUCCUUGUCAUUUUCCAGGUGUGCCUGUGCCAAGAUGAGGUCACAGAUGAUUACAUUGGAGACAACACCACGGUGGACUACACACUUUAUGAGUCCGUAUGUUUCAAGAAGGACGUGCGGAACUUUAAAGCCUGGUUCCUGCCAAUCAUGUACACCAUCAUUUGCUUCAUGGGCCUGCUGGGCAACGGGCUGGUCGUGCUGACCUACAUCUAUUUCAAGAGGCUCAAGACCAUGACCGACACCUACCUGCUCAACCUGGCCAUGGCAGACAUCCUCUUCCUUCUGACUCUUCCCUUCUGGGCAUACAGCGCGGCCAAGUCCUGGACCUUCGGCGUGCACAUCUGCAAGAUCAUCUUUGGCAUCUACAAGAUAAGCUUCUUCAGUGGCAUGCUGCUGCUUCUUUGCAUCAGCAUCGACCGCUAUGUGGCCAUUGUCCAGGCUGUCUCGGCCCACCGCCACCGUGCCCGUGUCCUUUUCAUCAGCAAGCUCUCCUGCGUGGGCAUCUGGAUGCUGGCCAUGGUGCUCUCCACGCCAGAGCUGCUGUACAGCGGCCUCCAGAAGAGCAGCAGUGAGCAAGCACUGCGGUGCUCCCUCAUCACCGAGCACGUGGAAGACUUGAUCACCAUCCAGGUGGCCCAGAUGGUGGUGGGCUUUCUGAUCCCCCUGGGGGCCAUGAGCUUCUGCUACCUCGUCAUCAUCCGCACCCUGCUCCAGGCCCGCAACUUCGAGCGCAACAAGGCCAUCAAGGUCAUCAUCGCUGUGGUCGUGGUCUUCAUCGCCUUCCAGCUGCCCUACAAUGGGGUGGUCCUGGCCCAGACGGUGGCCAACUUCAAUAUCACCGGCAGCAGCAGCUGUGAGCUCAGCAAGCAGCUCAACAUCGCCUACGACAUCACCUACAGCCUGGCCUGCGUCCGCUGCUGUGUCAACCCUUUCUUAUAUGCCUUCAUUGGUGUCAAGUUCCGAAGCGACCUCUUCAAGCUCUUCAAGGACUUGGGCUGCCUGAGCCAGGAGCGGCUCCGGCAGUGGUCCUCCUGCCGCCACACCCGACGCUCCUCCAUGAGCGUGGAGGCCGAGACCACCACCACCUUCUCCCCGUAGGAGGCUCCUCUGCCAGGACUAGAGGGCCGGGGACAGACAGCAGAUGACUGGGCUCCAGAUGCUGCAGAGGGAAAGGCAGUCCCAGCCUUGAAGCUCUAUCUUGUGGGGAGAGCCCGUGCGGCAGCCUGGGCCUCCCCUGUGGCCCUAGCUACCUCCACCCAGGUUGCAAAGCGUUGUGACUGAUGAGCCACACCAAAUCCUGCAACACUCCAAAACCAAGGCUGUUGUCCCCCAGACCUAAAACCGAAAGUGGAAGUCAGGAAACAGUCCACACUUGGAGUGAAGGGAGAUUGGUGACAGGUAGACCGGUGGAGGGGGCCUGGCGAGUCCUCUGAAUGAAACUCUUUUGGACCUAGCAAGACAUCCUCCCUGAGAUUCGAGGGCUGAGGCAAGGCCUUCCAGAAAACAAGGCUUUGUCUCCGAGGCUGGAGAUGGUGGGGAGACUUCUUGGCUUGUCAGGGAAAGGGGAUGCCAGUGGGUCAAAGUCUCUGAAUUCCUCCCUCCAUCUCUUUUUCCACUGUCAUCUGAGCCGCCAAGCAAUGGCAGCCUCCAGGCCUCCCUGAAAGCACACUUGCCCCUCGCCUGCCCCCUCUCAUCAGGCUGCUGCCCGGCCUCGGGGAAGAGUGUGGUGUUUCCUGCAGGCGAGGCCAGCUGCCUCUGCCCGGCCAAAGCCAUGCUCCCGGCCAGGACUCUGGGGCGACAAUGACGUGCAGCGAGCCCUUCUCGGGUCUCAGCUCUGCUCCGAUGGAAGAGAGGGCAGCGAAAGAAGUUAGGGGCCAGGGGGUGAUGACCGUGCGGGCUGCCAAAGAGCAAUGAGCUGCUCUUUGUUCUUAGUCGUGAGGACAAAAAACUCUCAUCUUGUCCUGCUUUCAGUUCAUUAAGACAGCGCAGUUUACUCACAUACAAAUACAAAUUUUCCCUUGCGGAAACAGCAGCUUUAAAAGAAAGGGGGGAAAUUUUUGGUAAAUGGCAAACGGGUAUGUUCCUGUUUUGCAAGCCCCCACCUCCCACCUGACCACGCCCUCUUCUCUCCUUUCCCUGGCCUUCAUUUCUCAGAGAUGAUCCAAGCCAUGAGGUCUGCCUAGCUAUGCUCUGAGCCCAUCCAAUGACACAGGCCCAGGAGGCUGAAAGAGGUAGGGGGAGGGGAAGCCCAGGGUGCCCAUCUUGCAAAUGCCUUUCCAGAUCUCGUGGGAGAGGACCCAAGCCUGUGCCAUCAGCAGUGACCCAGAGACACGGCCUGAGCUGAGCUUUGGAAAGAACAAAGUUGUCCCUGUAACCUCACCUUUAGCAACAUUUGCUCACUGGUCAGCUCAUCUGUCCCCUCUCGGUCUGGAACUAGAGCCCAUAACCCUUUGUCAGUCCCUUCAAGCUCCCCACAGUGGUGUUUAGAGGGGGGCCUCCCCCUGGGCACACAGACCACAGCAUGCUGGAUUAAGGAGGCUUGGGAUGGCACCCAUGUGAUAGGCUGCACACUUUGCUGGAUGCUUGAAAGCCAGGUUCAUCCAUGACCCAGACCACCAUUGCAGCAAUAGCCAAUGUCCGGUGACCCAUCAUGGAGGGGCAGGGAUCGGGGACCAACCACUGCCCUCCACAUAGAUCCACGUCCCUGGGUGCCCUGAUGCCUGCCCAGAACCCUGAUUCUUCCAAGCCAGAAAGGAGGUUAGCCCAAAUCUGUGAUGUGUGAGGAGGUGUCUGAAGGGCCCAGUGGGGGCCUGGCAGGGGGAGACGGGGAGGUGACACUGGGGCAAAGGUGAUUCCAUCAACUUUCCAAAGUGAAGAGAGCCUGCCUGGUAAUGAAGCCCAUUCCCUAAUGUCAUCAGCACAUGACAUUCCCCUCCACCGCAGGAUGCACUGGGCACCAUUUGUCAGCCAGCACGCCCUGGGGAAAAUGAAGCGGCCCGGGCACAGCCAGCGGGGAGCGGUGCUUGCCACGGCCACAUUGAAUAUUAAAAGGUGCAGCAGCAGAUGUGUGUGCACAAGUGGGGGGUGAGAGGGGGCACCCCAGAGUGCCUGUGGGCCCCCUGAGAAGAGCAUGGAGCCCGCUGGUGUGUACAUCCUAAUGAGGGUACAGGAAGGUAACCGAUCCUCAGUUCCUGAAGCGAGGAAUUCAAAGGAACGCUCAUGAGCAGGAAGCCUGGCCAACCGCACAAACACGCCAUCUCGGCUUCAAAUACAUUUUUCUACAAUAACUGGACAUCUCCGAGUAUUUACAAAGACAACAAAACCCCAGCAAUGUUAAUUCCCCAAACUGCUCUAUCUCAGCUCAUUGCUGGCCUGGCCCCUACUCCCUUGCCCAGCGCUCUCGUGGGCCUACCCUGAACUUUGGGGGACCCCUAGGAAGAAGGAACAAAUUCACUGAGGCGCCCCCCACCCAGUACCCAGGGCUUCUCUCUCUGUGUCUCUCCUCUGCUUCAUACAACUGGCCCCCAUGGCCCCUCCCCGUCUCCUGCAGCUCCCCCUUCUUUCCAUCCCCAGCCUCCCUGGCUGCAACCCCAGGGCCCAAAUCUGCCCUUCCAGCCAGAAGCACCACACACCUCCAGAAUCAUGGAUUCACAGGACUGCAAGGGACCUCAAAGAUCAGCUGGUCCAACCCAAUCAUACUCUAGCUGGGGAAACUGAGGCCCAGAAGGAGGAACUGACUUGCUUAAAGAGAUUUUGCAAUAUAAGGGUACCGGGUAAACUUGCUUUGGGGGCCUGAGGAUCUGGCAGGAUUGUGGGAGGUGGAUGGGGGGAAGCAGAGGCUCUGAAGCCAGGCUGACUGGGAGCCUCAUCUCUAUGGCUGCCCAGCUGUGUGACCUUCAACUGUUGCUCAACUGCUCUGAGGCUCAGAUUUCUCAACUGCAAAAUGGAGAGGAUUUGGCAAACAUUUUGCACGGUGCCUGGAACAUUGAACGUGGUGAUGAGGAGAACGGGAUUUGCCAGACUGCCUGGUUUGAAUCUCAGCUGCGCUACUUGGGCUCCUUACGUAGUCUCUCUGCGUUUUGGUUUCCUAAUCUAUGUGAUGGGAAAAAUCAUAGCACCUACCUCCUAGGACUGUUGUGAGGAGCAAAUAAAUUCAUAUAUGUAAAAUGCUUAGAAAUCCUUCUGGAAGCGUUGUUGAUCAUUAUUAAGAAAUGUUUAAUACAUGGUAGCUAAAAAAAAAAAAAAGUGGCUAACCACAGGGAAACCAAAUUCAAUUCCUUAGCCCCAUUUCCAUCCCCCACAACUUAUAAAUCAAGCUGGAGGACAGCCUGAAGAUUAGUCAGUCUGUCCUUCCCACCAAUUGUACAGGUAAGUCAAAUGAGGCUCAGA